AUGUCUCAUGAGGAUAUCACGGCAGUUGAAUUUUUAACAGACAUAGGAAAGACUGUCCAAACCAUCGCAACCAAUCUACAAGUUAAUAGACUUGAUCGAACUACCAUCCGGAAAAUCCUUGUCAAUUACUCCUAUCGAGCCGAGUCAGAUGGCCGACUUAUGAACGCCUCGAGACAAAAUCCUCAAUGCUAUAACCGUGGCUUAUUUCUAGCCUACACACAUAUGGAGUUUAUAUCAUGGCUAUCGAAAAACAACUACACCGUCCUAUCAACGUCGAUAAAGUGGUACAGCUGGAAGCAAUUCUUCUCGAAAUAUCGCCUACCACUUUUCUCAAUUCCAUCACAAACAGCAGACUUGCAGAGCCAGUUGCAGCAUAUCGAGAAGACGGCGGAUUUGGUUCAUGCAGACCUUAAUUCUCACAAUAUUCCUAUUCCGCCAGAGUCUAUAAAAUACGCGAAAGUCCCCGUGGGGGAUCCCGCUGCGCCUCCUCCAGAAGCAAUUCAUGACCUUCUUCGGCGCGGUACGAUUAUUCAGCAGCACCUAACCGGUCAUAACCUCGUAUAG